AUGCAUACCGGAGACAGCCCAAUCAAGUCGUGGCUACCGCAUCCGCUUGAGAGACUACUCAACUACUACGCCCCUGCGGACCCGUCAUAUCAUCGUAUACCCACAGACAAAUCCCGCGAUAACACUGCUCAUCGGCGUGGUCUUUCGAAGAGCAUGGUUUACGGAGUUCUCCUAGGCGCAUUGGUCAUCGGCGGCGCAGGCUCGGGCUGGUACUUCAAUCAACGUACCGGAAGAGGUGAGUUCCCGAGCUUGUACGAAGCCGAUAUUGAGACGGUGACCAAGGGCUUGGAAUGUAACGAUUACACCAGCGUAGAUCUUGUCAAGGCAAGUUGCUGGCAUUCAACACCUUCACCGAAUUCGUUGCUUAACGCUGCCAAACAGACUUACAUCGCUCGUAUCAAUGAAGUGAACGAUUUAUUGCGCCCAGUCAUCGAAGCCAAUUCUGAUGCGCUGGAUAUCGCGACUGCACUUGACCAUGAGCGCUCGAAAGGUAUGGUGCGAGGACCGAUGCAUGGCAUCCCUAUACUCAUCAAAGAUACGAUCGCCACGAAAGACAAGAUGAACAACACCGCUGGUUCUUACGCGCUCGUCGGAGCUAAGGCUCCAUCUGAUUCGACUAUCGCGAAGAAGCUCAGAGAGGCAGGUGCCAUUAUCCUGGGAAAGACAAAUCCUAGCGAGUGGGGCAGCUUCAGGAUACCAUGGGAUUCGAGUAACGGCUGGUCAGCCUAUGGUGGACAGACAUAUGGAGCGUUCUAUCCUCAUCAAGACCCGUCUGGUAGUUCCAGCGGAAGUGCGGUUGCAGCUUCCGAGCGCAUGGACACCAUCGGCCCCCUAACGAAAACCGUCAAAGACUCAGCCUACGUUCUCCAAAGCAUCGUAGGCACCGAUGUAUACGACAACUACACCUCUACUAUACCAGACAACGUCGACAAAGACUUUGUCGGCGCCUGCGAACUCACCGCACUCAGAGGCGCACGACUAGGCGUCCCUCGCAAUGUGAUCAACCUCAUGUGGGACAACACAACAGCCUCCACAGUCGCGGCAUUCAACAACACCCUUGACAUCCUCCGCUCGUCCGGCGCAACAAUCCUAGAAACCGACUUCCCAGCCGCCCAAGCCUUCCUAAACGACACCCUCCUAGCCCUACAAAUCAUGUCCGCCGAUUUCGUCGUAAACAUCGAGUCGUACCUCAAACAGCUCACCCACAACCCGCACAACAUCUCCACCCUCCUCGAACUACGCGCCUGGACACGCCAAAGCCCACUAGAAAGCUACCCCGGCAAAUCAACAAGCGUCUGGGAUUUCGCGCUGGAAAACUGGAACAACACAACCCCGGAAUUCUGGCAGGCGUACCAAAAAGGUCUGUACUAUGACACCGAAGGAGGGUUACUUGGAACGAUAAAACGGCACGGUCUCGAUGCUGUUGUCUUACCGUCGAAGUUUUCUUGGUAUUUUGCUGCGGUUGCUGGGGCGCCGGUUGUGAGUAUACCGAUGGGGGUUAUGGGGGAUGAGCAGCCGGUUGUGGUUGAUCCUGAUGGGUUGGUGGGGUCGGCGCCGGGUAUUCCGUUUGGGUUUAGUUUUUUGGGGGAGAAGUGGAGUGAUGCGAGGAUUGUUGGAUUGGCGUAUGCGAUGGAGCAGAGGACGCGCGUGAGGGGGAAAGUGAAGCCGGUUGUUAGGCCAUGGACUGAGUUGGGGGAUGUUGUUGGGAGGAGGUAG